UAUAUCAAUGCCUCAGUGCGGUCUGCAUUUGCUCAGGUGGAGUGUGAAUUGCUACCACAGCAGUUUAAUCAUCCAGGCAGACAGGAAAGGAAGAAAUUUCGAAAGAUGGGACUUCUGGCCUCCUUCUGUCUUGGCGUCCUAAUUGCUAGUCCUUUCCUCAGAGGUGUCGAAGGGGCCUGCUGCCCCAUGGACUGGUUGCCCUACCAAGGCAACUGCUACAGGCUCUUCACUGAGAAAGUGCGCUGGGCUGAUGCAGAGAUCGCCUGCAUAAACCACGUCCCUGGCGGCCACCUUGCCUCCAUCCACAGCCAAGCAGAAUCGGUUGUGCUGGCCAAGUACGUUGUGAACUAUCGCAAAGAUGAAGGUAAUGUCUGGAUUGGGCUGCGUGACCCCAAGAAGAACAGACAGUGGUUGUGGACAGAUCUAUCUUCGGCCAGCUAUAAGUCCUGGAAUGCUGGAGAGCCCAAUAAUAAAGACAACAAUGAGUACUGCGUUGAGCUUUGGUCUCAGUCAGGGUACAUGCGUUGGAACGAUGAGAACUGCCUGUCGUCACGUGCAUAUCUUUGCCAGUACACACUGUAGCAAGGGCAGCGGCUUCUCAUGGCCUCCAGUUCAGCAUCUGGGGAGGCAGGAUCAGGAAGACACGCCUUGCAGAUAAGGGAGCCUGCACUGAGAAAGGGACCAUUCUUGCAAGGACCCCAGAUCUACGCCCCUUUAUGAACCCUCCCUGUUGAUGGGCUGUGGGCUAAGUUGUUUAUGCCUCUUGGCUGUUGAUUAGCAUGUAUAACAUCAAAUAAACGUUGUACUCAUUU